AUGUACGUGGCCUUAAUCUGUACUGGAAGACAAUUGAGUGGAGAUGUGAGGCUGAUAGAUUCGUCUGGUUCAACAGAUACCAAAAUUGGCAGACUGGAGGUCUAUUACAAUGGACAAUGGGGGACAGUGUUCGGUAUAAAUGAUGCAAGAGUGGCUUGUCGUCAAUUAGGUUUCCUAGGUUACAUAGGCUAUGGGGUCGUACGAAAUGCCCUAACAGUGUCAGCAUCCACACUGAUAUGGUUGGACGAGCUUGGUUGCUUUGGAUCUGAAACUAGACUAGAUGACUGCCCACACAAUUCUAUUGGAAUUCAUAAUUGUGAUCGUUCUGACGAUGUGGGAUUAGUGUGUGCAAUAAAUGAAGAUUUGAGACAUGUGAAUAGUUCUGGCACCACUGGGUUAGGUCCCGAUGUUCGACUGGAGUUGUUUUAUAACGGACAAUGGGGGACAGUGUGUGACGAUAGCUUCAGUCCAAACGAUGCAAGGGUGGCUUGCCGUCAGCUGGGGUACGAUGACUAUGCUAAUUAUGGACGAGUAGGAACAUUAGGUUUCUCCCAAUCAUCAUCAACCACUCGGACAUGGCUAGACGAGCUUCGUUGCUUAGGAAACGAGACCAAACUCAUUAAUUGUCCUGCUAACACUAUCGGAGUUGAAGAUUGCACCCACACACAAGAUGUGGCCUUAUUCUGUAUUUUGGAUGGAGACCUGAGGCUGAUAGACAACUCAGGCCGAACAGGAGGCUCCUCUGGCAGACUGGAGGUCUAUUACAGUGGACAAUGGGGGACAGUGUGUGAUGAUAGCUUCAGUCCAAACGAUGCAAGAGUGGCUUGUCGUCAACUAGGAUUCUCAACCUACACUCGAUACGGAGCAGUUAGAACGCUAGGUUUCUCCCAACCUUCAUCAACCACUCGGAUAUGGUUGGAUCAACUUCGUUGCUCAGGAACUGAGAGCAGACUCAUUAAUUGUCCUGCUAACACUAUCGGAGUGGAAGAUUGCACUCAUUCAGAAGAUGUGGCCCUGGUGUGCGGUGCAGCUACUUCCCCUUCUUCCCCUUUUUCCCCGUCCUCAACUCCAACUACAUCCUCCAACAUAACAUCGAUCAGCACAGGAGUGACUAUUCCUAUUAUCGUUGUCGUUGUGAUCCUUUUUAUUUUCCUGUUCUGUGUUUUCACAAACCGGAGGAGACGCCAUGUUGGUCGCCCAGCAACCAGAGCUCCUAUAGUCGCUAAUGUUAAAUCAACAACUGUUAUCAUCGCCAAGUCAACUGCACCAGCAGCAAAAGCACAAGAUACGGCCUACCCUAUGCAAUCCAAACCCCAAUAUUCAAACCAGGCCCCCCCUCAGAAUAUGUAUCCGCCUCAAUCAGCAGCCCCCUACACCACUGGACAGCAACAACCCCCAGCCCCCUACACCACUGGACAGCAACCCCCAGCCCCCUACACCACUGGACAGCAACAACCCCCAGCCCCCUACUCCACUGGACAGCAACAACCCCCAGCCCCAUACACCACUGGACAGCAACCCCCAGCCCCCUACACCACUGGACAGCAACAACCCCCAGCCCCCUACUCCACUGGACAGCAACCCCCAGCCCCCUACUCUACUGGACAGCAACCCGCUGCUCUGUACCCUGCGUACCCCACCGGACAACCACCCCCUGCUCCGUACUUGUCUGCAUGGGGAGGAGCCCCUCCAGCAUAUCCAGGAUGAUUAUGGGGACCUACUAUGCAUGCAGUACAUGUAUAUUAACUGAAAGUAGUGAACUUUUAAUAAGAGACAUUGCAAAUUGCAAUUGACUGUAUAUAGCUGUUAGUGAUAGCAAACUUCUAUUAUUUUUAAGUUUAGACAAUGAGAAUUUUGUUCCUCAUUUUUUCACAAAUUAUUUUCAAAAGCAAACUCUUCGGCUGAUUUUAAUGAAUGUAUAUACAGCGCGUAUUAUGGU